AUGAAAAUUUUGACCCAUAAUUUAAGGAGAUCCAUAGUAAUUAUAUAAUAAAAGAAUUUAAAAAUAUAUUGGAUUUAUUAAACUUUCUUAAGAGCUAAGAUACGAAUUAAAAUUUAAUUAUUUAUUAAUCUUAAAAAAAGAUUAAAAUAACAGAAAAUUACAUUCAAUUAAAAGAUGAAUAAGAAACAAAUGAUGAAAACUUCAGUCUAAAUAGCCAGUUAGAACUUCAUGACAUUCUUCAUGCUUUUUAUAAAAAUGAGAAAUAGAUAAGUAUAUAAUAAUUUACAAUUUAUAUAAACAAAAUUUGUUUUGUGGUAGAAAAGUGUGUUAGCAAAUAAGCUCUUUUCGAAUUUUUAUACUAUGUAAAAAGAAUCCCAGAGCCUUAUUUAUCACCAAUAUUUUACUUAGAUAUCAACAUUUGGUCUGUUGUUUUUAAUAGAAUCUUGA